CUUUUUUUUUUUCUUUCUUUUCGCCGAACGAUCGCUGUCAAUCGUCGAGCGCCGCCGCUCUCGCUGUUGACUUUAACCUGCGCCGCCGCCGCCGUCCGUUUCCGCUCGCCGUUAACAUUUACUUCGGCGGAGAAGACAAUGGUGACGGAAGUUACGGAGACAGAGCGAUGGUGCGUCGUCACUGGUGGUAGAGGAUUCGCCGCAAGGCAUCUAGUGGAGAUGCUCGUACACUACCAGAUGUUCAACGUCCGCAUCGCCGAUUUAGCUCCGGCGAUACAGCUCGAGCCUCACGAGGAGACCGGAAUCCUCGGCGAAGCAAUGAGAUCUGGUCGAGUCGACUACGUCUCCGCUGAUCUCCGGAACAAAUCUCAAGUUGUUAAAGCUUUUCAGGGAGCUGAAGUGGUAUUUCACAUGGCAGCUCCAGAUUCAUCUAUCAACAAUUACCAGCUUCAUUACUCAGUUAAUGUUCAAGGGACAACAAAUGUAAUUGAUGCUUGUGUUGAGGUUGGAGUAAAGAGGCUCAUCUACACGAGCUCUCCGAGUGUCGUGUUUGACGGUGUCCAUGGUAUUUUGAACGCCGAUGAAACGAUGCCGUACCCAUCCAAGCACAAUGACUCAUAUUCAGCAACUAAAGCUGAAGGUGAAGCUUUGAUCAUGAAAGCGAAUGGAAGAAAUGGACUGCUCACUUGUUGCAUACGUCCUAGCAGCAUAUUUGGUCCCGGUGAUAAAUUAUUGGUUCCAUCUCUUGUAGCGGCUGCCAGGGCUGGGAAAUCCAAGUUCAUUAUAGGUGAUGGGAGUAACCUCUAUGAUUUUACUUAUGUUGAAAACGUUGUGCAUGCCCAUGUCUGUGCUGAGCGAGCUCUAGCAUCAGGAGGAGAAGUAUGUGCAAAAGCUGCAGGCCAGGCAUACUUCAUUACCAACAUGGAGCCGAUUAAGUUUUGGGAGUUUAUGUCACAGCUUCUUGAAGGACUUGGCUAUGAAAGGCCAAGUAUAAAGAUACCUGCGAUUAUCAUGAUGCCAAUAGCACAUAUUGUGGAACUGGCAUAUAAAUUACUGGGACCAUAUGGGAUGAAAGUACCACAGCUAACUCCUUCUAGAGUUAGGCUGCUCUCUUGCAGCAGAACUUUCGAUUCUUCAAAAGCAAAGGAUCUUUUAGGCUAUGCUCCUGUUGUGCCACUUCAGGAAGGUAUAAAGAGGACAAUAGACUCGUUCUCACACUUAACAGCUCAAAAUCAACCCAAAGAAGAAGUUACUAAUAAGCUUCGAUGGAAAAAGCAGACACUGAUUGCUAUAGUCAUUCUGAUUACUCUCUAUCUUAAAUUUGUUGCAACGACCGGAUAUUCUGUCGUAAUAACUGCGAUUUUGGUAGCAUCAAUUAUUUUGUUCUUCCGUGGCAUUAUACCAGAGAAAAUGAAAUUGGUGGGGAGCGAGAAGAAUGACUAAAGAAGACAAUCUUCAACGAUUCAUUUUGAGCUUUUUUAAUUUUUAAUUUUUUUAAUCAGGUAAACGGCUUAAACCUGACUUCUUUGUGUACAUGGAUGUUGAUUUGAGUUUGACUUGCGUGUAUUUACCGUUUGUUACCUCAACUCUAUUAACAAUCAAAUUUUUUUUUGUUGCAUU